GGGUUCCGCCCACUACCUUAACCGGAAGUUUAGCUUUUGUUGUCACACUGGAAGAAAAUGGCUGCUGCUGGUUUGAAUGGUCGCUAUAUGGAGGUGACGGUGUGGGGCUAAGGACAGCUAAGUCUCCUGCUGACCAUCACUCACCCAAAUACCGGUUGGCAGACCACAAUGCAACACGUUUUGGAAUAUGCAUUGGAUCGGGCUGAGUACAUUGUUGAAAGUGCCCGUCAAAGGCCAGCGAAGAGGAGAGCCUCAUCCGGAGGGAAGAAGAGUUUAUACCAGAAACUAUACGAACUCUACAUCGAAGAGUGUGACAAAGAACCAGAGCUCAAGAAGCUGCGUAGGAAUGUGAACCUACUGGAGAAGCUAAUGUGUCAAGAGUCAGUGUCGUGUCUGGUCGUCAACCUCUACCCUGGCAACCAGGGAUACUCCCUCAUGCUCCGCGGCAAGAAUGGAUCUGACUCUGAGACGAUCCGUUUGCCGUAUGAGGAAGGCCAGCUGUUGGAGUACCUGGAUGCUGAGGAGCUUCCUCCUAUCCUGGUGGAUCUCUUAGAGAAGUCCCAGGUGAACAUCUUCCACUGUGGCUGUGUGGUAGCCGAGGUCCGAGACUACAGACAGUCUGGCAACACUAAGAUGCCCUCCUUCCAGAGCAGACACGUCCUGCUACGGCCCACCAUGCAGACACUGAUCUGUGACGUCCAUGCCAUGACCAGUGACCACCACAAAUGGACUCAGGAUGAUAAGUUCCAGUUGGAGAGCCAGUUACUGCUGGCCACAGCUGAUCCUCUGUGUCUGGAUCCAUCUAUCUCUGUCACCUGUACAGCCAACCACCUGCUCUAUAACAAGCAGAAGAUGAACACUCACUCUAUGAAACGUUGUUUUAAGCGUCACUCUCCGGCGUUGAACCGUCAGCAGGAGCUGUCCUACCUGCCCAUGCCCCCCCAGCUGCGUCUCUAUGACUACCUGCAGAGGAGGAAGGAGAGGAAGCCGGCCCCCUCGAUAGACCUGAAGAUCUCCAAGGCCGGAAACUGUGUGGACAUGUGGAAGCAGAGCAACUGCCAGCUGACUGUCCCCAAGGAGAUUGAUGUGGAGAAAUACGCAGUGGUGGAGAAGUCUGUGAAGCUGGAGGAAUCUCAACCCACUGUAUGGCCUGCAGAGGAAGUGAUAGAUGACUAUACGUUUGAGUGUGAGGUUGGGGGUAAGACCCAGAGGACCAAGGUGUCCAUCUUCCAGUCGGUGGGCGACCCUCUGGUCUACGGAAAAAUCUACUGCGACAAACAACCCAAAGCUGAGGAGGACAGCAGCGACCUUCAGAUCCUACACCCAUCUUUCCUAAUAGGCUCAAAGAUAGAUGCCAGUCGGUUCCUGUCCCAGUAUAAGGGUGUGUAUGAGUCAGACGUGAAGUGCCAGGUGAAGAUGUCUCAUAACUCAGGAUUCGUGGGACGGAACCGGCUCUCACCCAGCAGAGAGACAGAGGCGGAUGGUCUAUCAGCCCUGGUUCAGUCGUCAGGUGUGUUGGGGAAGGGGGUGAAGCACCGGCCUCCCCCUAUCAAACUACCCUCCGCGUCGGGCAGCAGCUCCACGGGUAACCUGUAUAGUUCAGCCCAGGCUACCAGUGGUCUCCUUAAGUGUCCUACGCCCCUCCCAGGAACAGGCCCCGGCUCAGCCAAGCCCCAGUCACUGAGUAGGAAGCACUCUGUGGAGCUGGGGCAGGGGUUACAGCUGGGGGGGCAGUUAGGACAGGUGGGGUUGUUGUCCCCGGUAGCCCUAUCUCCCAUGGGGACAACACAGAGAUCGGGGACCCCCAAACCCUCCACCCCCACCAGCACCCCAUGUUCCACCCCUCACCCCCCCGACUCCCUCCUCUCCCUCUGUCCCCUCCCGUCCUCUGUCACCCCCACCCCCCUGGAGCCCCAGGCCCUCCUGGCUCCGUACCCUCAGCAGCAGCUGUCCCUGUCCCAGGCUUUGCCUGUCAUGACCAUCCCUCUUCCCACCAUGGGAACCUCCAUCACAACAAGGACCAGCUCCUCUCAGGUCAUGGCUAACCCUGCUGGACUCAACUUCAUCAACGUGGUGGGAUCUGUCUGCAGUCCCCAGACUCUGAUGAAUUCUAGUCAAAUGUUGGGUCCUGGUCUCAACCUGAGUGGUCUAGGAGGACUGAUGCCUACCAUGCAACCAACCACACAAACAGGGAGUCCAUUUGGUUUGAAACACUAGUCCAGGCCUUAGACCCCUCAACCUGCUACAGGUACCACUUCCUCCUCCUCCCCUCCUCCUCUCUCUCUC